AUGGCUGUCACCUCUACUGCUACUGAACAAAUCAAGAGCUGUAGGAGCUCAGUCAUUUCCCUAAAAAAAUCAAUAAUCCCUCAUGGCGUCGCGAAGCGUGAGAUGAGUAAAGAGGUUAUCGAAGAACGACUAAGAGUUGAACAGAUCCGAAAACUCAGAAAACAACACAGCGCACUGGAGAGCGCACUAAAGAUCCUUGGAAAGUUUGAGAAAGAACGGGAGGUGCUAAGACUGAUUGAAAAAUGGAGAUCAAUUUGCCAGGCAGGGAUGUCAUAUUUGCUGAACUCCACGCUGCUUAAAAUUAGUAAAAUGGGCGGCUAUGAAGAAUUGGUGAGAAAAGAAGCAGAGGCAGAAAAGCGAAAACUUGAAUACCACUUCUCUGACCAAAUCCAAAAUCAGAUAGACGACAUCAUGGAUUCGGAUGAAUUUAAAUUGAUGACUGAAUACGAUCAGGAAGAACUCAGGCAACAAAUGGAUCAAAAAAGAGAGGAAAACGAUAGAUUUCAACGAAAAGAAUUAGAGAAACUCGAUGCUAAAUUAAAAGAAAAUUCUAACUCGGAGCUUACCAUGCAGGGACUCGCCGUGCGUCUCAAAGUCAAUCACGAUAUGAUCUUUGACGCAUAA